GCUAAAUGGAAUUUGAGUCUCGGCUAGGUGAGGUUCGAAACAUAACAAAUAGUCACGAUACAAUGAAUAUUUAGAUACGUAACUUGGAUUUCACAUACGUUCACAAUUGUAGUGCAACAUCUCGCAUAUGAAGAAUUUCAUGAAUAUACAGAAAUAUAAAAUUCCAUAAAAAGAGAUGCAAUGAAUCAGGAUAAGUAUAAGUAGUUGAGUCGUGGAGAAUUGAUCGUGAAGCGAUUGAUUUCGAACAGUGUUGAUUUAGUUGAUGGGUACAUCACUUGCUAAACAAAGUAGCAUAAAAAUGAGCAAUCCUGAGAAUAGAGAACCGAAAAAAGAUGCCAAGCAAGGUUAUUCGAAAAGCAGUACGAGACCGCUGUCUAUUGAAGGUCCCUCGACUUCCAAUAAUGUUGAGGAAACCCCACCGCAACCGUUACUGAAUCAACCAAGACAACCAACUAAUUUACAAGGUUUGCUAAAAUAUGCUAUGGAUGCAGCACAAUCUGAGGAUUCAGAGAAUAAACCGCCAGUCUAUCCUUUGGACGAAGAGAAAAAGAUAUUUUUAGACAAGGCGUUAUCAUCGUUAACGGUGAAUGUAAUAGAAGAACUGCAGAAAGCUGUACAAAUCUUAUCUAAUGUCAAUAAUCUACGAGCAGAUGAUGAUUCAUCAGAGUAUGAGAGUGUGUUGGAAAGAAUGGCCGAUUUUGUAGACAAUAUCGAUAUAGCCAACGACUUUUACAAGAUUGGAGGCUUCUCGGUAUUUCAAUCAUGUCUGAAUUCCUCACACAGCAGCAUCAGAUGGCGAAUAGCCGAUAUUAUCGCAGAAUUGGCGCAAAAUAAUCCAUUUUGUCAAGAUAAGCUACUAGAGGCUGGAGUAUUUCCUGUAUUAUUGUCCAUAAUCGAUACAGAUCCAUCGGAACAGACUAGAAUAAAAGCUCUGUAUGCAGUGUCAUGUAUAGUCAGGGGACAUCCAGCAUCAUUAAAGUAUAUGGAUACACAUGAUGGUUAUUCGGUGCUUUUACGAGCAAUGCAGAGCCCAGUGGAGAAACUACAGAUAAAGUCUGCAUUCUUGCUUUCCAGCUUGUGCAGUAAGCACGAUUCGAAUAACAUAAAAUAUACUUUGGUAAAAAUGGGAUUCAUAGAGCAAGCGGCAGGAUUGUUGGGUAGAAUAAAUUUACAGCCAACAGUCAGGGAACAAUUACUGAGAGUACUCAGUAGUAUGGUGAACGACAACUUCUUACCGGCGCUGAAGGAAUGUCGCCGAUCACAAUUAUGUUUAAGAGCCACUUUGGAACAAUUGUUGACGGAAUUAAAACCAGUGGAAAAUCAGGAUGAGAUAGAUAUGUGUUCUGAGCUCCUGGACAAAGUGUUUUCCGAGCCUGAUACGAAUCAAGAGAGAUAACGAAUUUGUAUCGUAAUCUUUCCGCUAAAUAAAUGUUUUAUAAUUCUGA